AUGUCGGAAUCAAUUUGGAUAAAAUCGCCUCCGAAACCAACUCCUCAAAGCAAAUUGAAGGAAUUGGCCUCUAGUUCAAGCUGGGUUUCGCCAUUUAGAAGCCAGGCAGAAGAUGAAGCUGCCAUUGCCAAAAAGAAACCCAAUUUGCAUGAACAGUUUAGACAUGAGAACAAGAUGGAACAUAUAAAAGUGCCCGCAAAGUUUGCUCACCACCCAACCUUGGAAGCUGAGGCGAAAAAGAGCAAACAAGCAGCAGCAGCAGCAAACUCCAAUGCCAAGGCCAAGACAGCAGCCCCUGCUGCGAAAAAGGAAGAGGCGGCGGCAGCAGCCAAGAGCACUGAGAAAUUGGUGAAGCCCGCGGAAGUGCCAGCUGAAGUGCCAGCAGCCUCGAAGGAGGAAACGAGUGGAGAAGAAAAAGCCAAAGAAGUUGAACAGAAGCUCGAAAAUGAAGCAAAGGAAAAGAAAAUCACCGAUAGAGGGGAAGUUGGAGAGGAAAAGCCCGUUGAAAAAGAAAAAGAACAAAAGAAAGAUCUUUUGGAUGGGAAAGAUAAAUCAAAGGACUCCAAAGGGCCCGAGACAGAGGCCGGUGAAUUGAAGGACAAGAAAGUUACUUCAACGGGGGAAAAGGAGGCGGAAAAAGCCAUUGCAAAAGCAAAACAAGAAACCAAGGAAGAUGCUGCUGAGGCAAAGGAAGAGAUCACGGGGGUGCAAGAUGAAAACGAAAAGUUUUUGCAAGGUGAUGACAACAUCGAAAAGCAAGUCAAGGAAAGUCGUAUCGAGAUUCCUGCUGCGGCUGAGACUAAAUACCAACCCGUUGAACUGCCCAACAAGGAGAUCUUGGAAAAGUUAAAAGACAAGCCUGUCUUGUUGAAGCGCUACAGAGAGCUCAAUGCCACCGCUAUCGGUGCAAUUGCAAAUGACGUUGAUGAUCCAAAGAAGGUGAUUGAGUUGGGUUCCGGCUUGAGAAUGACGCAAGAACAAUUGUUGGAUCUCGCCGCCAAGAGAGUUGCCCCAGUGAUUACUUCCAUCAACCAGGAAGUCUCCAAAACGAGACAAGAGGACGAAAUCAAGAGACAGCAAAAUCUUGAACUCAAAGUCAAGAAACACGAGGGGAAAUUGAAAGAAGAUUUUGACAAGUACCUGGCCAAAGUGGUCAAAAAGAAGGAAGCUUUUAAUCAAGAAAUCGAAAGGAAGUUGACCAAUAUCAAAAACUUGACCAAUACUUCAAACAAGACUGCCGAGGACUUUGACAAACAGACCAAAAAGGAGAUUGAAAAUGCCAGAAAGGAGUUUGCAGACCGCGAGGAGAAGGCCGCGGCUCAGCACGAGACGAACAAGUCUACACUCGAAAAGAACCACGAAGAGUUGCUUGCCACAAAAAAGCAAGAAUUGGAAGACUCCAAGACAUCGCAAGAAAAGACAACUCAGGAGAUAGAAGAGCUUCAAGAGAAGAAGGCCGACUUGGACAAUAAAAACACUGAAUUGGCUGACAAGAUUGAAAAAACGUCCACCGCCUUGAGUGAAAAGAACGUCAAGUUGGAUGAGCUCAGAUCCCAGUAUGAAACCCACAAGAAAGCCGUUGACUCGAAUUUGGCCAGCUCAAAAGAAUUAAACACCAAGAUUGACAAGUUAAAUGGAGACCUUGAUGAAAAGAAGUCGAAACACAAAAGGUUGACCGCUGAGGUUGCAACAUUGGGCGCUGCCAUUGGUGCGUACGCGACCAAAUUGGGUGACUUGGACUCGGAAAAGAAGGAACGGAGCCAAAGAUUGACUGAUGCCAAGCAAAAGAAGUCCGAUUGGCAGAGCCAUAAGGAUGCUUUGGCCGACGAAGCCGCUAGAGAACACGAGCGCCAGAGAGCACAGGCUACUCAAGAGUACGAAACCAGAAAGCAUCAGGAGCAGUUGGAAAGAAAAAGGCAACAGGAAGAAGAGGAAAGACUAGCUAAGGAAGAAGAACAAAAGCAAGCCAAAUUGAAAGCGGAAGAAGCAAAGAAACAAAAGGAAGAAGAGAAACGCCAGGCUCAGUUGAAGGCAGAGGAGGAGGAAAAGAAGAAGCAAGAAGAGGCAAAAGCAAAGCAGCUUGAAGAGAACAAAAAGAAAGAAGCAUCUGUAGCUGUUGCUAUCAAAGACAAGGAGGCUACCCAGAAGAACUUGGAAGAUGAAAGAAGCAAGCAAGAUUUGCUUUACCAAAAAGGCUCCUACAAAGGCGACGAGGCUGGCUAUCAAGCGGCACAAAAGAAUAGGUUGAGGGAAGAGAUUACCAACUUGCAAAAGAUUAAAGACUUGAGAGAGGAGAGGGCAACCUAUACUGGCGAGGAUCCCAAAUCCGCUGAAAUCGAUACCUUGAUUCUGGAGAGGGAAAAAGCAAUCGAAAAGUUGAAUAGAAAGCAGGCAGAGGCAAAGAAAGCCGAGGCAAAGAAGGCCGAGACAAAGGCAUCUCCCAGUGUGGCUAAAACUGCAGGUGGAGCAGCUGCUGGAGGUGCUGCGGGAAUCACCGGUGCAGAUUUUGCCAAUAAAAAGUCGGCAGAAGCACCUGCUUACACUGAGACCCCAAAGUCAAGUGCAAAACCUGCUGAUACAACAACAGGAAAAGAAACUUCAAAAUCUGCUGUUCCAGAGAUUCCAACAGUGCACAAGGACACUGCCAAGGACUAUGAUGAGAAGAAGAUUGCUUCCAACUACGUGAGCCCUGAGGCAUCCAUUCCAAAAGUCGAGGAACCAAAGAAGGAAACUAAACCUGUCAACUCUGUCAUUGCUGGUGACACUACCGAUAGCUACGACAAGAAAAAGAUUGACAAGGACUAUUCUGAUCCAAACGCUUCUUUCGGCGACUACAAGCAAGAAGAGGAGCCAAAGUCUAAACACGUUGGUGGUGGUGGUGGUGCAUCACUGGUUCCUAUUGGCGCUGCCGCUGGUGCUGCAACUGGCGCUGCUUUUGGGUCGACAAGCAAAAAAGAGCCAGAUCAGAACGUCGCCGGAUCUAAAUACUUGGCAUCAAAUCCUUCCACUUCCACUUCCACAGCUACAGCUGCACCAUUAGGUGACACCACAGUUCGUGGUGUGAAUGCCAAGGACACUGGAUCUCAGCAGCAACAAUCCGCCUCGGAAAUAAACCCAACGAAAUCGCGUGCUGACGACGCUUCUUGGGAAAUACAAUCCGUUUACGAGAUUAUUCCGGAGUCUGAAUUUGAAUCACACAAGGCUGAUCCAGACUAUUUUGAAAUCAGCGAAGAGGAUUACGACAAGCAUAAAAAGUUGGAGCAGAAAGUCACACUUUUCGAGAAAUUGUAA